AUGAUGGACGACCACAUUGAAGUUGUGAUGGAAGACGGCGUUAUGCACGGAGACAAUGUGGAAGAACAUGAAGACGUGGAGAACAUGGAAGUCGUGAUGGAAGACGAAGACAAUGUGGACUACAUCAUUGAAGUUGUUAUGGACGAAGACAAUGUGGAAAUUGUCGACGUGGACAACAUGGAAGUCCAGAUGGACGACGAAGUUUUGCCGGCAGACGUCGAGAUAGUCGAUGUCCUGCCCGGUGAACUCGAGUUCAUGGACAUUUUCGAAGACUUCAACCCUGAAGUUGCUGUUGAACUACCAAGAGUUCAUGCGCCACGAGUAGACAGGCCAGCCAGCGUUCGACACCCACUUUCAACUGUGAACGCACUUUGA